ACUACCCAAAGUCCAUAGUCUACUUAUUGAAAGGGUUGGGAUAAGGGUGGGAUGGACUAAUUCCAAUGUGUUGUUAAUAUGGAAUAUGCACGUUUCUUUUAUGUCUUGGGUAUAGUGCUGUCUUUAAUACUGCAUGUUCUGGACCAGGCAACAGAUGUAUUUGCUGCCUUCUUAUUCUUCCUGGAGGGAGAAAUUGUGCCUGCUAUUUUCACGUUGGCGUUUGUGUUCCUCCCAGGGUUCUUCAUAUUUUGCCAUGAACUCAAAAGGAUUUGUGCUGGCAAAUCUAACAUAUUCAAAGCUUUGGGAUACCUGAUCCUUUCCCCACUGUGGGCCAUUGUCAUACAUUUGUACAGUUUGUUUGACCACCGAUAUUUGGAGAGUGCACUGUAUUACAAGACUUUGGAAGGCUUUGUGGAGGCAAGUCCGCAAUUUGCUCUACAACUGGCUCUUUUGUUUAAAGGCACCACUCCCAAAAGUUCCCAAUUGGUCCUGGAACCGCUUUUCAAUGAGAAAGAAGACUCAACUGUCAAUAUAUCUGCUUUGAACAUAUUUGGAAGAAUUUAUCAACCAGAUGAUCAACAAUGGUUUGGUUAUGUGCACAUGCUGAGUGUAGUCAUGAGUUUCAUUUCCAUUUUCAUCACUGCUAUCAUGUUCAACGACCUGCAACCGGGUCGAGGUCCUAAGGGUACAAUUGUGAAAGUCUGUGCCGGAAUCCCAUACUAUUUUUCAACAAUUCUUUUUCGAGGCGUGGGUGUGGCUCUGUUGAUUUGCUUUGUCCGAUAUUGGGGUGGAGUGGUUACUUUUGGCUUGUUUUUCAUGAACUUUUUGUCAGCUUUGGCCAUAGGAGACGAUUUCAAACGUUGCUGCUCCUAUGCAAUCUGGUCGCUCCUGGUGCCAGUUGGUUUCAACCGAGAUCCCUCGGCCAAUUUGGGAUACUCCAAGAUAUCACUUUUCGAUGAGCAGCGAAUAGAGCUCUCACGUGAAACCGUGACCGACAAGGACAUUGAGAGGUCCAAAGGAAGAGUGAAGUUCUUCCUAACCGCCCACGUGUUAUCGAGUUUAAUCAUCUUAGGAGUUCCUCUAGUGGGCACUCUCAUUCUAGUACAGCUUCAACCUGAAAUUUACUCUGCCCGUUGUGUGUUUGAUCUCAAUGUUUUGAAUACUGUGUUUCUGCCAGUCUUGGGCCUUGCUUUGGCUUUCAGUAUUGUCCUUGGCCGACCUUACCAUCGCCUAGAAUGCUCCGGGGGUGAAUCGCCGUCUGGCAAUUGGCUGGUCUAGAAUCCCAUACAAAUAGGCAUAUCUUCUAUGGAUUUUUUGUUCCAUAGACAAAUGUCAGUUACUCGUGGAUUUGGUUUUUAGUUUUGAAAAACGGAGUCACCGUUGAAAAAGAAAACAGAUUGGCCGAUGAAAUUUUUUAGCCAAGGAAAUUUCAUCAAGAUUCUGCGUUAUUGACUUCUCAAACUUUGUCUUUUUCGAGAUUUUCGCAAAAAGUAAUAAAACAAAUCUCCCUCUUAAGCUCCUUCUUUAGUCCAGGAUAUGGCCGUCAAGCAUUUUGAUAGUAGUCGCACCCUCCUUUUAUAAUGAUCUCGCUUGAUUAUCCAAGUCCAUUUUACUCUUGCUCCAGCUACAGAAAAGUUAUUUUGCCAAUGCCAUUGAAGUCGUGAAAAUGCACAAAUUAAAGGAAUAAAAGCGAGUGUAUCAAAACUGGCAAUUAUUUUGCAGAAUUGUAAUUCUUAAAAAAACAGAGACCCUACGUCACUGCCACUAAGUAUUUGACAAAAAGUUAUGCGUUCUCAAAGUUCACCCCGGUGUUUAAAAUGCCUUUUCAUCAAAGUUUCGAGAGAAAUGCCCAAACACAACUUUGUAUUUUUCUGCUUGCAGAUUAAAAAGGAACAAGUUGAUAUUUUUUCGCUUUGUGUGGAUCAGACUACAACCUUUCAACCUUAAAAACCAGGUUAAAUACUGAAAGUUUCAAAAAUCUCUUUACAUCAUAUGUGCUGCUAAUUUCAAAUAGUGUUACAUUUGAUCAGUUUUUAGCUCCGAAGUGACCCAAUUAUCUUUCAACUUGAUAAUCUUCAGCUUUCAACUUAUCUUCUCCUAUGAAAAUUGAAAAAAGUUGUCUUCUGGGACGAAUUUUUCUAAGUCGAGCUACCACUGGGUUGACUUGUGCAUCAAGUUGAUUUGUCUGUCAAGCUUAGUUGUC